AUGUACAGAGUACUGCGGCUUGCCUUCCUUGUGGCUGCGGUGGCUGCAGCUGUUGUUGCUGCCGCUGCCGCUGCCGCUGACGAAGGCCAUGGCGGUGGCCUUGCCGGCGAAGACCUGGUGCCGGUGGAGGAGAUGGUCGACCCUGUGGAGGUCAUUGUGGGCGAGGCGCAUGCAAGCAAUGGCUAUGGUCGGGCACGAGCUGCGCUAGAGACACUGGCGGAGGAGGAGGACAACAUGAAGGCUGCGCUCGAGCUCGGCCUCUGGUCGCUCCUGGGAACGACCGUCGACGAAGGUGACGAGGUCAUCGAUGUGGCGGCGGCGCAAAAGUGGCUGGGUCGGGCGGCCGAGCGCGGGCUGCCAGAGGCACAGGCGUAUGUGGGCCUGCUUCACAGCCUCGGCCUUGCCCGCGCGGGAUCGGUCGAGCGCGACGAGGCCCUUGCAGUCCUGCAUCUGUUCUUUGCUGCGCGUGGCAGCUCACGGGUCGCCAACGCCGCGCUUGGCUUCAGGCAUCGGCACGCGCUGGCAGUGCCCGGCUCGUGCGAUACUGCCGCCAAUUACUACCGCAAGGCUGCUGAGGACGUGGCGGCGCAGAUUGUGGAGACCGGAGCUGAGCCCGAGGCAACCGCCCAGCCGCUGUCUGAUGAGGUCAAACCGGUCGACGGGUCCACCAACUCGGACGAGGACAUUGUCGACUUUUACGAGUACUCGGCGAGUCAGGGCUCGCCGUCGGCGGCGGUCGCGCUCGGCAAGCUGCACUGGACUGGCGCGCGUGGGCUGGCGCGCGACGUGCCGGCCGCUGUCCAACACUUUGAGCAGGCCGCUGCCGCAGGCUCGCCCGAAGCCAUGGCCAACCUCGGCCACGUGUACGCCGCCGGCGACGACGGCGUGCCGCAGAAUACCGACGCCGCAAUCGAGUGGUAUACCAAGGCCGUCGACGCCGGCUCGGCGUCGGCGCUCAACGGGCUCGGCUUCAUGUACCUCCAUGGGACCGGCGUCGAGGCCGACUCGACCAAGGCCUUUGACUACAUAGCCAAGUCUGCGGCCAUGGGCAACGCCGACGCCCAGCUCAAUCUUGGCACACUCUACUUUAAUGGCGAGACCGCCGACGGCGAGCCCGACUACAAGCGCGCCCACGCCUUGUUUGUCAACGCCGCCCACCAGGGCCGCACCCUUGCCACGUACUACCUCGGCCUCAUGCACGCGCAAGGCCUUGGGACUGCCCGCUCGUGCGCCUCGGCGCUCUCGCUCUUCAAGACCGCCGUCGAGCGCGGCCUGCAAGAGAAUGUGCUCAAGACCGCGCAUGCCGCCUACGACGAUGACCAGGUGGUCAUGGCCCUUGUGCGCUACCUCGUUGUCGCGAUGCAGGGCGUCGAGCUUGCGCAGCGCAACGCUGCGUACAUCCUCCACCACCACGGCGACGAGAGCCGGGUGUUGGCUCUGUUCGGUGGCUCUUCUGACGCCGUCCGAGCCCUGCAUCUGCGCAUGCUCGCGCUCUCGGCGCUGCAGGGCAACGUCGACGCCAACCUCGCGCUCGGCGACUACUACUUUGACACUGAGCGUGAUUACGAGCUGGCGCUCUCGCAGUACCGCGCCGGCGCGAACCGCGGGCACCCACAGGCGCUCUUCAACCUCGGCUACAUGCACCAGCACGGGCUCGGCCUCCCGCUCGACCUCCACCUCGCCAAGCGGUUCUACGACCAGGCCUGGGAGACCUCACCCGACGCGGCGCUCCCUGCUGGCCUUGCCCUCAUUGGCCUUCACAUCCAGGUCACCAACGACGAACUGAUAGCCACCACCGGCUACCCGCUAGACCGCAUCCUCCUUGGCGUCAUCGGCAGCAUCCUCAUCAUUGUCAUUGUCUUCCGCCUCCGGGUCGCGGUCGCGCUCGGCGCGCUCUUGGAGCAGCGGGCCAUGUCUCGCCGUGCUCGUCGCGCUGCGCGGCGGGCCAUUCUUGGUGAAGGCGACUGACGAGCUGCUUCCUAUCACUCUGCGCGCGAGCGGCCGCCUGCGUAGCCUGCAGGUGCACUUUGAUCGAUGGCCGGAGCCAGGGGCAGAAGGCGUUGCACCCUCCCCCUCCCCCUCCUACCCCGUGCCGGAACUGGCUCAUUCUCCUGUGGCGAGGCCCACAGCGGGUGUGUGGUGGCAAAGCGGAAGCGGUCGGUGCAACACAAGUCGGGAGUAAACGACUUGUCUCGUGAUGG